AGAGAGGGAGUAUACUAGGUAACACGGAUACAUGGUUGAUAUUGAAACAUUUCAAGGAGCCCAUGUUUUGAAAAAAUAAUUUAGCUUGUUUAGCGUUUAAUCGCAUACAUUCGUCUUUUCGCGUAAGUCAGUCAAGUCUCACACUAACAUCCAGUGGCUUUUGUGGAUGUUGUGGGGUUUUGACUAGACAAACAAAAUCUCACUGGCUUCAGGAUGUUUCUGUUCUCCAAAAAGAAGAAACCUAGUGAGGAUUCCAUAAAACGCCUGGAGUACCAGCUGUGCUUGGCCAAAGAAGCAGGUGCUGAUGAUAUUCUGGACAUUUCUGCCUGUGAGCUUACAGAGGUUCCCUCCAGUACCUUCUCCAUAUGUAAAGUCCUCCAGAAGAAAGUCUUCAUUCUUCAUGGAAAUGGCCUGAGGUCACUUGUUCCUAAAGGUUGCUGCAUUGGUGCCUUAGCAACUUUAAAGGUGUUGGACCUGCAUGAAAAUAAGCUCACAUCACUUCCUGAUGACAUUGGGCAGCUUUUGUCCUUACAGGUGCUGAAUGUAGAGAAGAAUCGCAUAAAACAGCUGCCGGACUCUAUAGGGGAUCUACGGCAUCUACAGACACUUAAUGUGAAAGAGAACAGCCUUACUGUCAUUCCUGUGUCUGUGGGACGCAUGAGCAGCCUGCGUACACUGGACAUAAGUGAGAACAGCAUUAGAGAAUUACCUAAAGAACUGGCCAGUGUUCGCACUUUGGAAAGCCUGAUCCUAGACGCACAGGUUAUGAGCUAUCCACCUGCGUCAGUGUGCACCACCGGCACAGAGGAAGUUCAGUGCUACCUCUGCUCAGAGAUGGGUCUGGAGUAUUGCCCUCCAUCUCAGUAUCUCCUGACUGUGCUGGAGCAUGAUGGAGGGAAGCAGGAGGUGGACUGUGUUGAUGGUGAGGAGAAAGCCUGGCAGAGCAAAUUCAUGGACUAUGAGAAAAGAAAGGAGCAGAAACAGCUGGAAAAGUUGAUCUUUGAGAAAGAUUUUGAAGAGAAACAGAGAGAGCACACUCAGCUCUUCCUCCUCAACAACUCCCGCAAAGAGGAUGUCUUGCUGUCUGUCAAACUGGAGCAGCAACGGUUGGAGUUAGGUGUGUCUCAGCAGCAGAAGGCCCAGGAAACAGAGAGGCUGAAAAUACUGGAUAAAGUACAUCUGGCAGAGAGCAAUAUCAUGAGUCGCAUCUCUGACCUCCUGCUUGAUAACAAACGCCAGGCAAAGUGUGCCGAGUUUCUGCAAGCUCUGGAGGAAGACCGUAUACGAAUGGAACACCUUACUGCCAUCACACAAGACGAAGCCAACUCUCUUAGGAAGAAGGAAGUGGCAAGUGCCAUGCAGAGGAUGCUGUCAGAGAGCUACUCUUUAAGGUUACUACAGGAGGCCAGGGAAGCCAAGACACAGAUUCUGGUGUCUGAGACCUGCAGGAGUUUGGACUAUAUGGAUAAGAAGUUUGACCAAGUGUUGUCCCUGCAGCAGCUAGACAAAAGCAAAGCCAUUAGUCAGAUCCUUCAAGAGGAGGAAAUGCAGAAGGCCGCCUUUGAAACCCUCCAACUCCAGAAGGACAGUGUGCAUGCUUAUAUCCGUAAUCAGAUUAAACUCAUAGAGGCAGAGUUAAUGCAGCUGACAAAGCUGGAGGUUAAGAGGAGGAAUUUGGACACUGAGAACCUGCAGGAGGUGCUGGCUGACCAGAGGACUGUUCUUACUGACCUGCUGCAGCAGUUACUCAAACAAAAGGACCAAAGGGAGGAGGAGCUCAGGAUGGUUUUGGUGGAGAUGGACCAGAAAAGUGAAUCCAAUCAGCAGAACUACUGGAUGAUCCAAUAUCAGAGGCUCCUGGAUGCCAAACCUCUGUCUCUGCGGAUGCAGGAGGCAGCUGUGGAUGGGGAUCUGGGGAAUCUGCUGUGUAAACUCUCUGCUCAGCACUACCUGCCAGUCAUAGCUCACCACAGAAUCACUGCUGAGGCCUUGCGACACAUGACCACCAAAGACCUUAGGAAGUUGGGGAUUAAUGAGGUUGGCGUACAGAAAGCUCUUCUCCACUGGGCCAGAGAACGCACUCUGUCUGACCCAUUUCCUAAAACUGCAAAAGAGAAGCAGGAAGCUGGUCCAUCCACUCCAAGUGCCCCACUUCAACAGCAGCUCACUCCUCCACUGACCCCCAACACCCCCCUCACCCCCACUGCCCCAAGUCCUGAUAGAUUUAGCAGUUCCGAGUGUGUGGUGUGCAUGGAACAUGAGUCACAGGUGAUCUUCCUGCCGUGUGGGCAUGUAUGCUGUUGUCAGACUUGCAGCAAUGCCCUGCAGUCCUGCCCUCUGUGCCGUGGCUCUAUAUCUCAGCGCGUCCGUCUUUACCACGGCUGAAGAUGGAGAGCGUCCUUCCAUGGUCAGCAUCAUACGUCAUGUGUCGUUGUUGUUCCUUCCUCCCAUUUGCUGCAUGAAAUCAUAGUAUGUGAACCUUCAAGCACUUUAGAACAUACUGGAUUUUUUCUUCCACUCCCACUUCAACUACUAGCCAAUCAAAAAGGAACUUAUACAGCAAGAUCCAAGCUUCCAAUGGGAAGUUUUAUUGUUCAUCAUAAUCUAGUCACUUUCCAAGAAAUUAAAAGCAAGAAAGUAUUUAUAACUCAAAUCUAAUAGGAUGACUGUUGUGAGCUUUAGUAUCGCCCUUGAUGUACCUACUCUAAGCACUUGUGACCCACUACAUUUUAAAUAUCUGCAUGUUCUCUAUAGUAAAGCUAAAUCUUCAUUCACUCACCACAGUCCGCCUUAUGCCCUGCCCUCCAUGUUAUUCUAGCGUCAUCGUAGUACAGUAAGAUCAAAUUUAUCACCAUUCAGGGAUGUUCACACCAAGGGUGAUAACUGUAAUUAUAAAGUUUUAAUCAUCAUUCUAAUUUUAUGAGAAUUGGGUUAUCACUCCACAGCUAUAAUGAUAACAUCACAGAGGAACUAUAUAAUUAGAAUCAUUAUCACAACAAUUUUUUCCAACUGAUGAAUGCCAAUCAGAAUCUGCCUGACUUGAGCAUUUAAAGUGGAAGCUGACAACGUAGCGCACACUUAUAAUAAACAGAACGUUGCUGUCCGUUGGUGUGAUUGCUAAUACAGUUAUGAUUAUAGUUAUUCUUAUCCUUACUGUUCUCUGUGUGAAUGGGCCUUUACCCUGCAGUUCCAGUAGAGAGUAUUUUAAUACUUCAACCAAUUGUUAAAGUCAUUUUUUAUUUAAAUUUUUAGUGUAAGAUUUAAAUUUUCAGUUUAAAUGUGACUCUUUGAAUAAAUUUUAAUUUACAGAACAGAGCCUUAUAAAGACUUCAACAUUGAAAUAUUUUGAACUGACUUUGCAACACAGCAUAAUCGGAAAUUAUAGGUUGAAGCUGAAACCUUUCUGAAGGCACUGUACUUGCUGUAUAAUGCUCCAAACACUCAUCCUAACAAAUGCAUGGUCAGUCCUUUUACACUGUCGACUGUCCAGUUUCAGCAACUUCAAAUAUUGCACACACGCGAUAGUGUUUCCUAAAUCUGUGUACUUCUGUGAACCUCUCUUCGUCCAAGUGCUCUUAUAUGCAAGUCUGCUUCUCACUGAACAUGCACAGAAUGAAAAAAGAACUUAAUCUGUCUGUAAAUAAAACAAUAUUCAUUUAAUUUCUUAUUUCAAGAAAGGAGCUUUAAGUGUUUAUCAGCAUGAUAAAUCACAUCACAAACUUUUAAUCCGAGUGCUUUGUGUGAUAGUUAUGCUUUAUGGAUCAGACUGGACAAAUAAUAUUUUAUUUGCUGUGGAUCUGUAAUUUAAGAAAGAAAAAAAAUGAUGAAAGCAUCACAAUGCUUAGUAGAAUGUGUAAAAGGAGUUACUGUAGUAUAAACUACCUUCUGAUGGCAGGUUAUUAUUAACUUAUAUACACACCGUAGUCCUGCUCUUAUUUUAUGUCAUAAGAACUGAUAAAGAACUGGUGUUCCUGUGGCUCAGUGGUAGAGCAGUGCAAAAUGUCAUGGGUUCGAUUCCCAGGGAACACACAU